AUGAUAUUCCCUAUCCCUCUCACACUCUUGCUUGCCUCGAUACCGAUCCUGUCAUCUUCGGUAUCAGUAUCAGCGCAAUCGACAGUGAUACCUUUAACAGCGCAUCAUUCUCGACAAUAUUCGGAUGAUUUGGAAACCAGACAGUCUUGGCUUAAAGGUCAAGCUAGAGGUCUAAGGAAGAAAUAUCAAGAUCAUUUAGGUGAAAGAGGUCAGGAUUUAUUGAAAAGAGAUGUAUUAGAAGCAGAUUAUGAGUUAUCAAGAAGAUCUUUAGGAAGAAGAGCUUCCGGAAGUGUACAGUUGACAGAUGUCGGAAUCGACGCUUCUUAUUCUGGUCAAGUAUCGAUAGGGUCGCCCGCGCAAGAUUUCCUAUUGAUUAUGGAUACAGGAUCAUCCGAUCUUUGGGUAGCAGGAUCGACAUGUGAAUCGUCAUCGUGUACAGGUGUAUCAACGUUCCAAUCAUCAAGUUCCACUUCAUAUUCAACGAGUAAUGCAGCAUUCAACAUUUCUUAUGGAUCAGGAGAUGCGGAUGGUUAUUUAGCUACAGAUACUGUAUCUUUAGCUGGAUUCACCGUGACCGGUCAAACUUUCGCUGUCGUCACUUCAACAACGGCGAGAUUGAUCUCAUCACCUUUAUCAGGAUUAAUGGGAUUAGCUUGGAAAUCAAUCGCAUCGUCAAAAGCCACUCCAUUUUGGCAAGCUUUAGCUGCUUCUGGAUCAUGGACAGAUGCAGAAAUGGGUUUCUACUUGGCAAGAUAUAGAGGUGACAAUUACGCCACUUCAGUCGAAACUGAAGGUGGCGAAUUGGUCCUAGGUGGAACAAAUACAAGUAAAUACACCGGGUCAAUAAAUUACGUUUCGAUCGAUUCGGAUGAUCUUGAUUAUUGGAGGAUACCAGUUCAGGGUACUACCGUCCAAGGAAGUCAAAUCUCUAUUUCAUCGUCAGGUUCACCACAAGCUGCAAUCGAUACAGGAACAACAUUAAUUGGAGUUCCCACAACAGUUGCUCAAUCUAUAUAUUCACAAAUAUCAGGUUCAGAAGCAUUAUCAGCUUCGUCAGGAUAUGAUGGCUAUUAUCAGUACCCAUGUGAUACAACAGUCAACGUUACACUUCAAUUUGGUGGUUUAAGUUAUUCAAUCUCUCAAGCCGAUAUGAACUUAGGUAGUUUCACGAGAGAUACUUCAAUGUGUACAGGUGCUUUCUUUGAAAUGGAUUUAUCAACGACAUCACCUAUUCAAUGGAUUGUUGGAGCGUCAUUCUUGAAAAAUGUUUAUACGACAUUCCGAUACAAUCCAUCCGCGAUUGGUUUCGCUCAAUUAGCAAAUGGUGUCCAAUCAGUCAGUAACGGAACUACAAGUUCAUCAACUACAGGUGGUGGAACAAGUGGCUCUGGUGGUACUGGUUCAGGAAGUGGUUCAUCGUCAAGUGGUUCGUUACCUACUAUCAACUUGAACAGCAAUGUAGGAAUUGUUGUGCUCUUUUCUACUUUCGUUGGUGGAAUACUCGCCCAUCUCUUAUAA